AUGCUCGAGCCGAUCCCGAAUGCGCCCGGCGUACGCAGCGGCGGCCUGAAGGGCCGCCUUCGUCGCGCGCUGUCGCUCGGCGCGGGCGCGACGCUGCACGAAGAGGAUGAGGACGACGACGUGCCCCCCAAGAGCGGCGCCCGUACCCCCCAGGUGGCGUCGGGCGCCGGCAGCGUGCUUGCGGACGACACCGAGUCGACGGCGACGGUGCAGAAGAAGAAGUCGCGCUCGCUGUUCAACUCGCGGCUGAACCGCUCGACGGACAACAUCUCGCUGUCGUCGACGAUGUCGUCCGCGUCGAUGGUGAUCCGCAAGCUGGGCUCGAUCGGGAAGCUCACGCGGCGCAACUCGCUCGCGGGCAUCACGUCGCUGUUCAAGGACAAGAAGGACAAGGAGGACGAGGAGGACCGGGGCGGGAAGAAGGGCAAGAAAAAGAAGGGCGAGAAGGGCGCCGCCGUCGACCCCAGCAUAUCGCAUGCGACGGCGGAGCCUGACCGCUCGGACUGGACUGCGAGCGCGGACCUUGCCGGCCUGAGUCCCGCUGCGAGGCUUGCGCGGCAGCACACCCUCAAGAGUAAUGCGGAGGCCGCCGCAAAGGCGAAGGCAGAGGCAGAGGCGCGCGCCGCCGCUGCCGCUGCCGCAGCGGCGCAGGAGAACGGAUCGGACGCAAAUGCAGUGCCGAGCACUUGGGAGAAGAACACCACGACGCGGCAAGGCGAGGCUGCGCCUAACAAGCUCAUGUCAAAUCGCGCAUUCAACGAGAACGGUAUGCGGGUCCAUCCGCAUAACUACAGUAUGGACGGCUGGGACGACGAUGACGACUGGGGCGAGGCGCAUGAGGACGAGGAUGUGACGAUCCGCCAGGACUUUGAGGGCACGACGCUCGACGACGGGGAGAUGGAGCCGUGGGCGGUCAACGUGCGGCGGAGCGUCGAGAAGGCGCGCCGGCCAACGAAGGGCAUCCUGAAAAACGGCUCGGCCUACGACCAGGACGCGAUCCUGCGCCCGAACCCCGCGUUCACGCGGGUGCGCUCAAAUUCGUACGACUCGGCGCCCGCGCAUGGCCACGAGCUCGGCCCGCUCGCGCACAUGCCGUCGUCCGACCCGGACCACAUCGACGGCUUGCACAAGCACGGGCACGGGCACGGGCAGGGGGGCAGCGGCGCGAAUGGGCACGCGGCGCCCGCGGGCGGCGCGUUCAUUCCCCCGCUCUCCUUCGACGGCAACGGGCUCACACUCGACUCGCCGAAGGACACGUCCGAUGCGAGCAGCGUGCACUCCUCGGUGCCUGAGAAGAGCCUCUUCAACCACCCCAACUCGUCGGCGCCCGCGCUAUCUACGAUGUUCUCGCCGAACCCGCCCACGCUUUCCCAGCGUUCGGCGACGGCUCCCACGAAGCGGCUCGCCUUCGCGUCCAACCUGUCCGUAUAUGACACUUUCCCCGCCACGGUCUACGAUCGGCGAAGCGAGCCGGCGACGUGGAGUCGUUUGACCCCCGCGUUGGCGCAGCGCAUAAAGGAAGAGCUCAAUUCUUACAAGAUGGAGGAAAUGGAGGUGCACGCGGCCAGUCGCGUACAGUACGUCCACGCUCUCCGUCGUGCCGCGCUGCUUGUACUGAUCUCCCCGCGCAGCACGCAAUUCUUCGUCUAG